CUAUAGGGCCCCCCUCCCUUUUUCUUCUACCGCGGCCUCCAAUCGCCACUCUCCGCUCCUUUGCUCGUGCUGGCUGGCCGUCUUGGCUUGGACGACAGCAGCAUCCCCCUUACCACCACCACCACCGCCGCCGCCGUCAUCACCCUCCAUCCCUCUUUCCUUGCUUCCUUUCCUCCAUUCUGUUCCGUUUCAGGACGAAACACUAGGUCAGCUGACCAUGGUCCUCAAGACAUUCAUUUGCAGUCGUCGGCACACCGCGACCAUCAGCCCCUUUCUCCUUCUCGCCGUGGUGCUUUCUCUUCUCUCGCUUCUCUCGUCAAUGGCCACCGCUAUUCAAAUGGAGCAUCAGGUUCCCCAGAUGAUGCAGCAGCAGCAGCAGCAGCAGCUCCAUGGACAAGGAGGCUUGGCAGCUUCAGCAGGGGGCAAGCCAAGCCAGGUGAAGGGAGAACCAAACCCCCAUAUGUGGGAGGGCCUUACGCUCGAUGAGCCAUACACGGAGCAGCUGCUUCGCAUUGGCAUGAAUCUUACCGGCUUCGCUGUCAAACCCCAGCUCUACGCCAACUUCACCAAGGGCGCGACGCUCAACAAGCUUUACAACGAUACAUGUUCCCUCAGCACUAUGAUGGAGCGCAUCAUGCUUACGAUCAAAGAGCCGCAAGACAGCCCGUACCAUAUCCGCGCCCUCUACAAGGUGGGCUCCUACAAGGAGCUGAUGCCCGAAAGUACGGGACAGAUGGCCGGCGGCUGCUUCAUCGUCAGGGUCCGCAAAGACUCCACGAAGCCAAAGUCGCACAUGGAGAUUGGCAAGGGCAAGGAUAUUGAGCUCGCAAGCGAGACCGACUACGGAGUUAUUGUGCUCAUGCACGCUUUCCACUCGCUGGCCACCAUGGACGUCAAGGAGGCGAAGGGCAAAAAGGAUCUCAUCUCCAAGCUCAUGCAUCUCCGUGGACAGGCCAAACACGCUCACGCACAUGGAAAUGUUGCUGCUGGACACGGGGCCAUGCCUCCCGCAAUAGCGGCACACUGAUGUGCAAGAACCACUCCCAUUCGAUCUCCUUUUUCUUUCCAUUCCCCCUCUCGGGCACGGUCGGCUCAGCUCGGCCUGUGCUCGAACAAUACUGAGAGCUGUUCACGGUGGGAUCUUAUUUUGGCUCUCCUUGGUAUCUAUGAACCUUCUCUCUCUCUAGAAUGCGACAGCGGCCGUCGACAAUGUUCACUUUUCCACGCUUGUCAUGGCGCUUCCCCCCUUUUCUCAUUUGUGCUCUCUACUGUUUUCAUGAGUCGAGUGCCCUGCCUUCGUCG